AUGUCAAUUGAAGCGCCCACAGCACCCACAACAUCCAAAUCUACUGCAAAGAUGGCAUCCGAAAAGGCAUCAUCGAAGGGAGAGAAAAAACACAAAUCAUCUCAUAGCGAAAAGAAGAGGAAACGAGAUGCAACGGAAGACGGGCAUAAAUCAAAAUCGAAAAAACUCAAGGCCGACAAGCUUGUCGCUGCUACAGAGCCAGAAGCAGAAGUAGAAAUCGCAAGCCCGGCAAACAACUCACACGAAAACUCUCCAUUCCACGUCCAAACAUUCUCAUUAUACCUCCCUCUCGCGCCCGUAUCGCAGAAAUUUCCCCUCGAAGGUCUUUGCGCGGAACAUCUUUCCCCGCUCAUCCUCACCUACUACCCACCUUUCGCGGGUGUCAUACUCGCCUAUGACAAUCCUCGAUUUUCAGAAAAGGCCUUUGGGAACGAUGGUACAAACGGGGCGCUGUUGAAGAACGUGGAUGAGUACGCGGUUAGUUGGGCAUGGGUCACAGCCGAGUUUCUGCUGUUCAAAACAGACAAGGGGACCGAAUUGGAGGGAUACGUGAAUUAUCAGAAUGAGGGACAUCUAGGUGUCGUGUGUUGGAAUAUGUUUAACGCGGCAAUUGACCGUUCGCGUCUACCUGCGGACUGGAAAUGGGUUAGUGUGAGCGAGUUGGAGGCCGAAGAGGGCGCGGAGGAUAAUUAUGCAGAGGAUGGGUCGGGAUACUACGUCGAUGGCGAGGGCAAGAAGAUUGAGGGUAAUGUCAAAUUCCGAGUCAAGGAAAUUGAAGCGAAUCAUGAUCGCGAGCGGGGGUUUUUAAACAUCUCUGGGACUAUGCUGGGGCUGGAUGAAGAGGCUGCUUUGGCUGAGAGGGAGAGGACGACGGCUCCAACGACGAAAUCACCUACGUCGAAGAGGUUAUGGCCUUCGAAGGCGGUGGGUGGGACGAGUUUGGGGGUUCCUGCGGAUCCGGAUGAGAUGGAUGUGGAUUCGGGGAAGAGGAAGCAUAGACAUCGGUACUGA